AUGCCGAGCCACCCGCUACGAGUAGCGGUUGUGUGCUCGAGCAACCAGAACCGCAGUAUGGAAGCGCACAAUAUCCUCAGCAAACGUGGAUUUGAAGUGCGUUCAUUCGGGACUGGUUCUCAUGUGAAGCUCCCAGGUCCCGCCCCAGACAAGCCUAAUGUGUACGACUUCAAAACAACAUAUGAACAGAUGUACAACGACUUGGUCCGCAAGGACAAGGAACUAUACACGCAGAAUGGAAUUCUUCACAUGCUGGACCGCAACAAGCGGAUCAAGUCCAAGCCGGAGCGCUUCCAGAGCUGUAAGGACAAGUUUGACCUGGUCAUCACGUGUGAGGAGCGAGUGUACGACCAAGUGCUCGAGGAUCUGAACUCACGGGAGCAGGAGACCCUGCAGCCCGUCCACGUCAUCAAUGUAGACAUUCAGGACAACCAUGAGGAAGCCACGCUGGGCGCCUUCCUCAUCUGCGAGCUGUGUCAAUGUAUUCAACACACGGACGACAUGGAAAAUGAAAUCGAUGAACUCCUGCAAGAGUUUGAGGACAAGAGCAGUAGAGCUUUCCUUCACACAGUCUGCUUCUACUGA